CUUAUCGCCGCAGUGUUUGCCUAUAGGUUAAAGUAGUAGAAGCCAGAAUAGAACCAAGUACACAGAAGGAAGUGCAGUAAUAAACCGAUUAUUUUUUAUUAAUUGAUGACGUUCGAGAAUCAAUUUCGUCACAUAUAAGCACAGGAUUUAAACCUUUCAGCAGUUAGCUGCUGUCAGAUUGAAUUGAAUACACCGUUUUGGAUUAUAAAGCUAAGAAGAAAUUUAGUUGAUUCUUGAGGACGCAAACAUUGGAUAAAAAUAUAAUUUAUUACAAAAUUCGCCUAAAAUGACAACGUCAUAUUAGUCAAAACAAGUGAAACAUUACAAUGGGAAAGUUUAAAGUUAUGGGUUUAAUCACCCUAGUAGGGAUUAUUUGCUGGGCUACUCCGUGCGUCGGACUGUGUCCAAAGGAAUGUAUAUGUCAGGGAAAUUCUGUUGAUUGCAGCUUUAGAGGGUUAAAAAUGGUCCCCAGAGACAUUACUAAAACUACAGAAAGAUUGGAUUUGCAGGGUAAUAAUAUCACAAUCAUACGCCGUGGUGAUUUCAACGGUCUUAAAAGACUGAGAAUUUUACAACUUCUUGAUAAUCAGAUCGAGACAAUUGAAAAGGGGGCGUUCCAAGACUUAACUGCAAUGGAAAGAUUACGUUUGAACCGCAACAAACUUGCCUAUAUUCCUGAUUUGCUGUUCGCUAACAUGGGAAAGCUGUAUCGACUGGACCUUAGCUACAACAAACUUAAAGUAAUUACAAGAAAGACAAUAAAAGGAGCACCUUUACUUAAAAAUCUACAAGUUGACAACAAUCAGAUCUCAUGCAUAGCUGGAGCAGCUAUAAGAGGACUAAAGGAUAUGGAAAUAAUUACAUUUAACAAGAACAACAUUACAACAUUAGCCAGUGAUAUGUUUGACAGUAUGCACAAGCUUCGUGUCACGAGACUUGCAGACAAUGCAUUGAACUGUGACUGCCAUCUAUCCUGGCUUGCAAAAUGGCUGAGAAGUCAUCCAAAACUUGGACUGUUCACUAAGUGUGGCGUCCCACAUCACUUGAAAAGUGCAAAUGUUGCUGAACUUAGAGAUAAUGAUUUUAAAUGCAAUGAUGUAGAGGUGCCAGACCAAGAUGAUUGUUAUGCUGAGCCCAUCUGUCCCGCUAAGUGUGUCUGCUCUGAGAGCAUUGUUGAUUGUCGUGACAAGGGUCUUACAGAUAUCCCAGAUAAUAUACCAGAGCUAACUACGGAAUUACGUUUAGAGCAGAACCAGAUAACGCGGGUAUCAUCCAAAGCUUUCAUGGAAUACAAACGAUUGAGGAGAAUAGAUCUAAGCAACAAUAUGAUAUCAUUCCUUGCCCCAGAUGCCUUUGUUGGCCUGAAGUCUCUAAACUCUCUAGUACUGUAUGGUAACAAGAUUACAGAUUUACCCCCAGGAAUAUUUAAAGGAAUGACAUCCCUACAACUUUUACUGUUAAAUGCCAACAAAAUAUCUUGCGUUAGGACUGACACGUUUGAGGACCUUUCACACUUGAAUCUUCUGUCCCUUUAUGACAACAAGAUUCAGUCCCUCGCAAAUGGCUCAUUCACUCCUCUGAAAAAUAUACAAACCCUGCAUUUGGCAAGAAACCCAUUUAUCUGUGACUGUAACUUGAGAUGGCUAUCUGAAUACCUCCAUACACAUCCGAUCGAAACUAGUGGGGCCAGAUGUGACACCCCACGACGAAUGCAACGCAAAAAAAUUGGUCACAUUCGUGAUUCGAAGUUCAAGUGUAAGGGUGGUGAAGAGCAUAGGACAAAACAUGCUGGAGAGUGUAUGGUCGACAGAGACUGUCCAAAGAUGUGCAUAUGUGAGGGUACUACUGUGGAUUGUUCUGGAAGGAGGCUGACCAAGAUACCUGAGGAUCUUCCUUCCUACACAACAGACUUGAAGCUGAUGGAUAACUUCAUAACAACUGUACCAAAUGGUGGCAUAUUCAAGAGAGUUCCACAUCUUCAGAAAGUAGAUUUUCGAAACAAUAAAAUUGAUUCGAUAGCUGAUGGGGCAUUUGAAGGUGCAGAUGUACUUAGUGACCUGCAAUUAACAGAAAAUAAACUGCAUUUUCUGAAUGGUGGAAUGUUUAAAGGAUUGAAAAGUCUAAGAACUUUGAUGCUGAGAAGUAACAAGAUCAGCUGUGUGACCAACACUACAUUCACAGAUCUCAAUUCCAUGAGAUUAUUGUCUUUAUAUGAUAACCAGAUACGUUGUAUACAGCCAGGAUCCUUCGAUAGACUUCAAUAUCUUUCUACAUUAAACCUCCUCUCAAAUCCAUUUAACUGUAAUUGUAAUUUGGGAUGGCUCUCUAAUUGGCUACAGAAACGUAACAUUGUGACAGGAAACCCUCGCUGUGCAGUGCCAUCUUUACUCAAAGACAUGGCUAUCCAGGAACUCAAACCAACAGACUUCAAAUGUGAAAAACUUGGUGAAAAUUCUGUGGCCUGCCACUCAGGGGCGCCUCUAUGCUGCACAAAGGCUGGGCUUGGUGAAUAUGAAAAAAGCUGUGAUCCCCGAGCAUACUGCCCUGCUAAGUGCCAAUGCACUGGUACUGUUGUACGUUGCAGCCGACAAAGCCUAGCAGAAAUUCCCGCUGAUAUUCCCCUAGAUACCACAGAACUGUACCUAGAUGUGAAUCAGAUUAAGGAAAUCCCACCAUAUUUGGCACGCUUAACUAAACUCACCUGGAUUGAUCUUUCCCACAAUUCUUUGAUGUCUCUGCCGGAUUAUGCAUUCGCUAAUCUCUCAUCCUUGAGUACUUUAAUCCUGAGCUACAACAAGCUUCAAUGUAUCACAAAGACAAGUUUUGCUGGCCUUAAGAAAUUGAGACUGUUAUCCCUGCAUGAGAAUGACAUUUCCACAAUGCCUUAUGGGUCUUAUGAUGAUCUCACCUCUCUGACGCAUAUUGCUCUAGGUGACAAUCCCUUAUAUUGUGACUGUAAUCUAAAGUGGCUCUCUGACUGGGUUCGCAUGAAGAAGGAUUACAUUGAACCAGGAAUCGCCAAAUGUGCAGGACCAGAUGAGAUGAAACAUCAACUGAUUCUUACAACUUUGCCUGAUAAAUUCCUCUGCAAAGAAAAUCCUGAUCCUGCGAUCCAAUCAAAAUGUGACAUUUGCUACACAAAACCAUGCAAGAAUGGCGGCAAAUGUAUGUUGCAUAGUUACAACAACUAUACCUGCCAAUGUAUCGAUGGCUACCAUGGCAAUAAUUGCCAAAAUGAGAUUGAUGCUUGUUAUGGGAAUCCGUGUGAAAAUGGUGGCAAGUGCAACAUCAUUGAGAAUGGCAGAUUUUCAUGCCAGUGUCUGGCAGGAUUUGAAGGCUACAGGUGUGAGGUGAAUAUAGAUGACUGCAAAAGUCACAUGUGCCUCAACAAUGCAACAUGCAUUGACCAAGUAGAGACAUACAGCUGUAAAUGUAGGAAAGGCUUUGCAGGUGCAUUUUGCGAAAAGAAAAUCAAGUUCUGCAGUGACUUUAACCCAUGCCAGAAUGAGGCUGAGUGCGUGGACUUAGAGACUGAUUAUAUGUGUGUAUGCCCAGAAGGUAUCACAGGACGCAACUGUUCUAUCAGUGCAAAUGACUGUAUCAACAAUUUGUGCCAAAAUGGUGCCACGUGUGUGGACAAGAGGAAUAUGUACAUAUGUAAAUGUCCCAGAGGUUUCUCUGGUCAUUACUGUGAGAUAGAACCAGAACCAUCCAGUGACACACAGUAUGAUACGACUCAGGCUUGCGAGUUCCAUGACUGUAAGAAUGGAGGAAAAUGCUAUGUCCCUCACCAUUCCAACGAAUAUGCCUGCAAAUGUACCCCAGGUUUUGAAGGCAAGAAAUGUGAAAAACUAAUAAGCAUCAGUUUCCAACAUAUUGACUCAUACGCUCGUCUGCCUGCCCUCGACAAUGUCCCAGAUGCAAACGUCACUAUCAGGUUGGCCACAAUGAAAGAAAAUGGCAUCAUCAUGUACUGGGGAGCUGAAUCACAUGUGGCAGUUGAACUAUUCCAUGGACGUGUCCGAAUCAGCUAUGAUGUCGGAAAUUACCCAGUAUCCACAAUGUUCAGUUUCGAGAAAGUUAACAAUGGAAAAUUCCAUACUUUGGAACUUUUGAUGAUCAAGCAGAACUUUACACUGCGAAUUGAUGGGCAUCAACCAAGAACAAUACUCAAUGAGGGCAAAAAGGAUUAUUUAGUGUCUGAGCAGAUGAUGUUUCUAGGGGGUCUUCCAACAGCUAUCAAGUCUAAUGCAUUCAGUAAAUGGCACAUCAGAGAUGACAGCAGCUUCAAUGGUUGCUUCAAACAAGUCAUAAUAAAUGGUAAACUGAUGGACUUCUCUCCCCUUGACACCCACCAUCGUUUAAUGCCAGGAUGCCCCGUCAUGGAGAAACCAGAACCUUGCGAAAAAAAUAAAUGUGAAUUUGGCAAAUGUCGCCCAUUGAAAGACCCUAGUCCAGGUUCUACUUACAGAUGUGAUUGUAGGAAGGGAUACACUGGGACUUUCUGCGAGAUAGAGCCCACUUGUCGAGGUAUAGAAUACAGAGAAAUAUAUAUCGACCCAAAGACUGGUUGCAAAUCCAGGUCAAAAGUGAAACAUCGAAAAUGUGAAGGCACAUGUGGCAAAUAUUGUUGCAAACCUAAAAAGAUCAAAACUCGCAAAGUGAGACUAUUUUGUGGAGAUGGUACAAAUUAUAUUCACUCCAUGCCAAUAAUACGGAAGUGUGGUUGCAGGUCAUGUACAGGCUGAGUGAACAGGCUUUAUAUAUAUUAUAUCUACAGUAUAUAGCACCAACAGAGAAUCUAUGUGUACAUAAUAUGUGUGUAUUUAAUAUAUUGUCAACAAUGUGUUCUACCUCCCACAGAGAAGCAUCAAGAACAUCUUAACUCUAUAAGAGUGAAGUCUCCAUCAGCUUUUGAAUAGUAAACUAUUCAGUGUUCAAUGAAAAUCUGCACUGGCUUUUGAAGAGUUAAAUCUGCCCUUCUAGUCAAUAGCGAGUCUUCACUGGUCAAUGAAAAGUUGAAUCUUCAAUGGCUUGUGAAGAGUUAAAUCUUAACUGUGCUGGGAAAAGUUAAAAUCUUAAAUGCUCUUGCCAAUAAAGAGUUAAACCUAGACUGCCCUAUCCCAUGAAGAGUUAAUUCAGCACUGGAUAGAUCAAUGAGGAUCAGGAUGGCUUUUCUAAGAAAAUGUCUCAAGCAGAUGUUACAAUGCAUCAUACAGGUGUUACAACACAUCAAUCAGGUGUUACAUUGCAUCAUACAGAUGUUGUAAUACAUCAUAAAGGUGUCACAAUACAUCAAGUAGAUGUUACAGUACUUUAUACAUCAUCAUCAUACAGGUGCUACAAUACAUCAUACAGAUGUUAC